AUGGCCACGGAUUCGUCGUUUUACGAAUCUUGCUCAUCCGGGACUUGGGAUACUGAGGCCAAUUCGGAUUCCGGAGAGGACAAUCGACGCGUCGAUGAUAACGACUUCCCUAAUACAGCACAGAGGCUUAAUCCCCGGUUGAAACUGACGUUCAACAACCGAGGAAAAGAGACCCAACAAAGACCUAGGCUUCUAUUCCGGGCUUUCGAGCCUGAACACGGAUUACGAGCUCGCUGCUUUCAAGGUCUAUCUCCGUUGGCACCUCUUCCGGCGCCAUCCACGUACGACCAUAACAAAUUCAAAGACUCAGCUUACCGACAUCUAAUUCAAGACAAAACAUUUUCGUCCCCGUUCUUGUCAUUCACUGAAAAUCCACACAGGGCACUAGGAGCCCACCUAGCUAAAAGUCCAGAACGCCGCUCAUUAGCAAUUCUUGACCACAACAUACUCGAAGAGGAGUAUAGGAAAGCAUACGGAACAGAUACUGGGAUUUGGCUUGUACCUGAAUUGGUCAAAGAAUAUGAUUUUAACGACUUGAGGAAGGUUGACCACGAUCCGAGUCUACAUAAUGUUGUGAAAAGACAAAGGCCAUACACGGGGAUUGGCGAGUUCCUUAUCUGGGGCUCCGUGCUUUGUGAUCCCGUCGCUGUGCUAAGCUACGAGGAAGCACUUCAGGUAUUCGAAGUGCUCGACAAACUGAAAAAGUCCAAGGCAGUUGUGAGCUACUCCUCUGGUGUGAUUGUCGGCCAAUGUCUAAAAGGUAUCCCACAGAUGUACAAAGCGGUCGUGGCACGGAAACUUGUUCGUGCCUUCGAGAUUAAAGGGUAUGGAAAAGCUCGCGACAACAUUCACCUUGAAGAAUUUAUGGAAGGAGUUGAAACCGUCUCACCAGAUCCUAGCGAUUACGGUCCCAUUUCCAACGAACUUGACUUAUCUCAAGUACGUACAGAAACAGUCAAGAUUCUUGGGUCGACUCGAAACACGAAGAUGAAACAAAGUACGGUUGAGGCACCAGAGAUAACUUCAUUUGACGGAGUAGAGAUUUCUCAAUCUCAACAACACAUCUCGCAAGUGGUCGACUCUGGACAUGAUGUUUUCAGAAGAGAGUUAGAGAUAUGGGCGGCGGUCCCGACGCCAACUCCACCACCUCACAAUAUGGAGCAGGCGCCCAUACCUCGACAGAACCCAACAGUUUGUCAGCCAGAGAAGGCCUCAUCCUCAGCAAAUGUGAUCGACUUGACGUUGGAGGAUAUCCACCAAAGCCAUACAUCAGAAAAGGUCGCACUAUCUAAAGAUACCAACAAAGUCAAUAGGAACAAACUUUCCCAGAGAUACGCAGUCACGAGAACGAGAAGAACGACCUUGAACUCCUCUAUCAAAAACGUCGACAGGCAGAAAUUCGGCUCUCACAGAAUCAAUUCUCCUUCCCUGUCCGAGGACGAUGAUGAAGUUCAAGUUAUCGCAGAACGGAAAUAUUAUACUCGACGCCGGCUGAUCCGCAGAACGACGAGGACGGAGAAAAGCAAAACAGUUAUCACGAUUCGGAGCCGGAGUGUGAGCGAGGGUAUCGUCUUCAAUCAGCGACGAUGA